AUGAAAUGCUUCAUAAGAAUUUUUGCGGUCGUUGCUGUCAUCAUGGCAUACGAACGCAAGAUGGCUAUUGCGUCGGACGAGAGGAUGGCGACGCUCUGUUUCGACGAGCUCGUGAACUUUCCAUACAUUAACACUUGUUUCUACAAGCCGACCACGACUCAUCUUGGGCAAUGCAACUUCUUGGCCCACCUUUUCGACGGCAUUCAUUGUAACGAUCCGCCCAUCCUCAAAUUCCCACCAACAAAGAUUACAGUUGACGACCCUUAUACAUGCUAUCUUUUCAAAGCCGAGAACUGCACAGCGGAGCGCGGCGUCGCCAACAAGAACGAGAAUGUCUCUGGUAGUCACCAAAUCCUUGAUUUCUUGAAGGAUUUUCGGCAAGUGCCGUGA